AAUUGACCAGUAGAGUCUUUUCGGUGGAAUAGUCAAGUUUAGAAGCUGUAAUUAAUGAAUUAAAUGCUGUUUAAAAACUGCAUUUGCAAGAUGGGCUACGUUGUUGUUCCCAAUUCGCCCUUCUUGCAAUGCCUUGGUACCAUCUUCUCCUGCUUGGGAUCUUCCCAAUAGCCUAUGCCCUCUCCAAUGACUGCCCUUCCCCCAUGUGUGGAGAUAUGGAGAUCAAAUUCCCUUUUACUCUUGAAAGCAGCUCCAAUAGUUGCAGGACAGCAGGAGCAAGUGCGAAUCUGUCCUGCUCCUCCACCAACGAGACAAUUAUCACCCUCCCUUCUUCAGAAUCUUACAGAGUAACAUCUAUUGACUAUGAUAAUUAUUAUGGGAUCUUUAUUCAAGUUCUUCUAUCAUCUUCUUCGAUUAAUUGCCCAUGGAGAAAAGGUAUCCGAAAUCUGCCUAACGUCAACGGCUCAAUUUUCACUGUAGCUGUAUCAGGUUUUGUUCUUCUGAACUGCACAACCAAGCUAAGUUGGAGAACUGGCUAUGAUAACAUAGUUGGGCCAAUCUCUUGCCUCAGUGAACCAGGUUCUUUUGUUUAUGCUCUUACUAAAUAUGUGAGAAUGGGCAUACUUCCUUCUUCAUGCAUCGAAAUAUAUACCGGCGAAUUUCUUUCUGAUUCUUUUGGUCAAUCGAUACAAGUAAUAGCAUCGAAGAGCAUGCAAGGAGAAACGGCUUCUUUGUAUCCGAAUGUAGUUGAUAAUUUUCGGGCUUGUUAUUCAUGUUCAAGUCAAGGCAAAAAAUGUGGAUAUAAUAUCCGAAUGGAUAAAAAAUUUUGUUAUUCAGAGGAUUCUCACCAUGGCAUUGCCAUUUGUACAUCACUUGUGAUUUUUCUAAUUGUAGCUCUUGUGGUUCUCUACUAUUUCAAAAAAUAUAGAAAUAAAAAACAAAAGCACAUAAAGGUGGAAAAAUUUCUUGCAACCUACAAGUCCACAACACUAACUCGAUACAAUUUCGCUGAUAUUAAAAAAAUGACAAAGAAAUUUAAGCAUAAGCUGGGCCAAGGAGGGUUUGGAAGUGUCUACAAAGGUGAGCUGACUAAUGGAAUUCCUGUAGCUGUUAAAUUACUAGAAGCAUCAAAAUUCAAUGGAGAUGAUUUUGUCAACGAAGUUGCCACAAUAGGAAAAAUUCACCAUGUCAAUGUAGUUCGUCUCUUGGGGUUCUGCUCAAAUGGAACUAACAGAGCCCUUGUGUAUGAGUUUAUGCCAAAUAACUCAUUGGAAAAGUAUAUUUUCUUGGGUCAAUCAGAGAAGAGACAUGACUUUUUUACUAUGGAGAAGUUGCAUGAGAUUGCAAUUGGCAUUGCCCAAGGGAUUAAUUAUUUGCACCAAGGAUGCAAUCAAAGAAUUGUUCACUUUGACAUCAAACCCCAUAAUAUUUUGUUAGAUUAUGACUUCAAUCCAAAAAUUUCAGAUUUCGGCUUGGCCAAGCUAUGCUCUAGAGAUCAAAGCAUUGUGAUAAUAAGUGCUGCAAGAGGCACCAUGGGAUACAUAGCACCAGAGGUCUACUCUAGAAACUUUGGACCUGUCUCUCAUAAAUCUGAUGUGUAUAGUUAUGGAAUGCUUCUGUUAGAAAUGAUUGGUAGGAGGAAAAAUAUUGAUCCUACAAUUGAGAACCUCAGUGAAAUUUAUUUUCCAGAGUGGAUAUAUAACAAGUUGGUCCAUAGUAAUAGCUUGGGAUUAGCUUUGGAAAUGGAGGGAAAUGAAGAAAUUAUGAAAAGGCUUGCCAUAAUAGCACUUUGGUGCAUACAGUGGAAUCCUGCAGAACGUCCAUCAAUGAGAAAAGUUGUUCAAAUGCUCACAAUGAUCUUUCAAAGCUUGGAGAUGCCCCCAACACCAUUUGUUCCUUCCUCUGAUCAAUCAGACAAUGUUUAUGUCUCAAGAAAUCAUAAAAAAAAAAAUUGAAGGUCUGCAUCUCAACCAAUUAUGAGGAAAUUUUGAAGGAUUAAUUAAUUAGUUUCAUAUUUUG